AUGUCUCUCUGCACAAGAUCUUUGGCUAUAGCAGCUGCCCUCUUGCAUUUUACCUCUCUCACGCAUGGCCAGGCUCAAGAUCUCAUGCGCUACGAGAGCACAGUAAAGUGUGGAAAUUACAAAUUCUCCCAACUCGAAAUCCUUCAAUCCUACAUGGGCGAUAAAAGUAAGGGCGAGCCGUUCAAGGGAAGGACAAGAUGUGGUUUGGCCGAUAAUGUCCACGCAAUGCUGCCUCUGUUGGAUGAGGAUUAUAACCCCGUGCCCGGAUGUUACCUUGUGCAUGAUGAGAAAGAGCAUGUUGUAGAUUUUGUUCACUCCAUCACUGGCCGGUCGUUCAUUCCUUGCUUUGUCAGCGAGCAAAACUCCUGUCCUAAAAACCAACCACGACGCCGAUUGCUAUCACUCCCGGUGCCUACCGCCGUACAGCCACACAAAUUGGUUUCCUUGACUGCACACGACCAUCAAGUUUCUAGGAGCCUAGGAAGCAACCUCUACGUGGUUGGCGAGAACAAGUGGUAUGAGAUUGGAGCUGGGCCAGUCUUUGGAUCUCCGAAUACAGAUCAGGUUUCAUAUUACCAAGGUGAUUUUUAA